GAUUCAGACAAAGUGGAUGGCCAUCUUUUUUAGCAGCGAAUUUAAUGCGAGUUUAAGACUCUACAUCAUAUCAGUUAAUAGACGAUGCGUUUGCAGUGAGCAAGUUUAAAAUCAGAUUACAUUGUCUUGAGAAUGCCUGUAAACGACUCACUGAACGAUUCCCUGGGGGUCCCCCCUGUAAUGCCCGAGCCCCCGAUCUACAUUUUGGUCCUGGCCAGUCUCUUCUACUCCCUGACCUUCAUUGUGGGAUUUUUCGGCAACAUUUUCGUCAUGACCAUUGUGUUUGGUUUCAAGCGCAUGCAGAGCCGUAUGAACUUUUUCUUCGUGAACCUGUCUGUGACAGACAUGCUUAUUUUACUGGUGUGUAUGCCUUCAGCAAUGGUCGACCUGUUCGCCAAGGAAGUAUGGUACUUUGGAGAGUUCAUGUGUAAAAUGGUUCAUUACACAGAAAACGUGGUCACCCUGGCUUCUGUGAUGACGAUACUGUCGAUAACUACAGACCGCUACAGGGGGAUAUGUUACCCCAUGAUGUCCAAGGGCCACUGGACCAAUGUCCGUGUUUCGGUGGUGGUUUCCGUCAUUUGGACUCUAGCCGUUCUCUCUAGUCUGCCCACCUUCUUUUUCCCCUUGUUCAAAGACUCUACGUGGUUAGACGGUACUCCAGUUAAAGUCUGCAGAAUUCCUAUUGACAAGCAAUGGAAAGUGGGGUAUCUACUGAGUGUUUUCACCUUUUUCUUCGUCAUUCCAUUUUUUGUCCUUUCCGGUCUGAUUAUUUGUAUGGGCCGUGGAUUGCUUUGGCACCGCGAUCUGCAGGAAGGAAGGGCGGACAAAGAAGCCAGAUACACUCUACAAAAAAGACGCCGGGUCGUCUUUAUGCUCACUCUUGUUGUGGUAGCCUUCUUUCUGUGUCUCCUGCCGCAAAGAAUUGUGGGACUGUGGAUUAUUUACACGGGGCGGAGUAAUCUAGAGUCUCUUGGCCUGGAGGGUUACCUCAAUCUGGUCACGUUCACACGGGUCAUGGUGUACACCAACAGUGCUCUGAACCCCGUCAUCUAUAACUGUAUGUCGACCAAGUUCAGAGGAGCUGUCAAAGACCUGUUUCACAGAAGACGCCAGUAUGACCGAAUAUGUCGGACACAAAUUCUAACACUUACCGCUAUCCCGUCUACGGCCUCAUACUGAGGUCUGUAGUCAAUGAACGUAACAACUAGAACUUUUGCUGUUUCUAGGCCAUGUAUUUUAUAGAUGUAUUUAAAUGAUAAUAAACAUUAA